AGAAGAGGUUUGUACCCUCCUCCUCCAGGUGAAAGUGACAUCAUGGGUCUGGAGGUGGCUGGUACUGUAGACACUCUGGGACCGGAACUGAGAGGCGACUGGAAACCAGAGGACCGGGUCAUGGCCCUGCUCAGUGGAGGAGGAUAUGCUGAAUAUGUGUCUGUGCCUGAAGAGCUUCUAAUGCCAAUUCCAUCAAAUCUUACCUUCUCCCAGGCUGCUGCCAUCCCAGAGACCUGGCUCACUGCCUUUCAGCUGCUGCGUUUUGUAGCGCAGGUGAAGGAAGGUGAGGUAGUACUGGUUCACGCUGCAGCCAGCGGUGUGGGCACAGCUGCCAUCCAGUUGGCUCGUCUGCUCGGUGCCGUGCCCAUCGUCACCGCAGGGAGCCCAGAGAAGCUGAGGCUGGCUGAGAAACUGGGAGCAGCAGCUGGAUUCAACCACAGGGAGGAGAACUUUGUGGCAGGAGUUCAAGACUUCACAGGAGGCAGAGGAGCAAACGUGAUCCUUGACAGCAUCGGUGGGUGUAACUGGGAGAAAAAUGUGAGCUCCCUGGCCGUGGACGGCAGAUGGGUGCUGUACGGCACCAUGGGAGGCAGGUCUGUGAAGGGAGAUCUGCUGGGCCGACUGCUCUCCAAGAGAGGCCACCUGCUCAGCAGCCUCCUGCGCUCCCGCUGCCUUCAGUACAAAGCGGAUCUGGUGAAAGCUUUUUCCCAAAAAGUGCUGCCGUAUUUCUCAGAGCCUGCCUUCUUAAAGCCAGUGAUUGACAGCACCUAUAGACUGGAGGACAUAGCUGAGGCUCACAGACACAUGGAGGCCAACAGAAACAUGGGAAAGAUUGUUAUUGAUGUUCUUCCACUGAACAAAAACUCAAUGACUGACUAAUAAAGGAUAUAAUAUUUUUCAAAGGUAUGUUUGACCAUUAUUGUUGCUCAGAGAUGCAUCAGUUACUAAUAAAACAGAUUUAGUAAGAUUGUCUACAGUG